ACUUCUUUAUUGGAGGCCACUGUAUGUGUGCAUGUGGGUCCAAAUCCAAGGCACUAUUCCCACAGUAUUCUUCCUAUUGUCCUGGGAGAGAGGGAGGGCAACUAAUUAAAAAGAGUGGAAAAGAGGAGACAGAGAAACAGACAGAAGGAAGGAGGGAGGAACUGAGGGGGUAAAGAUAGAGCGAGAUGAGACAGUGGAGAGAAGAGGCUAAUUGAAAGGAGAGAAAUGACAGAGAGCGAGAGAGAAGGGAGGGCUGAUGAGGGGCUGGGAUGCGGGGGGUGUGGGAGGGAAAGGAAGACUUUGCCAAAGUGCCCAAGUUCAGUCACUUGUGCUGCUGCAGCAGAAAGUGGGAGGACGAGCGUAGCCAGGGUGACUGAGAGGUAGGAAGGGCCAGGAAAAGCAGCAAAAGUGAGAGAACACAAGACAAGGACUGUCCUUCUCUGGCUUCAAGUCCAGGGGGUCUGGAGAUGUCAAAACACGACUACAUAUAAGAGCAGAAACAAGUACCAGACUUAGUCAGCAAAAGAGGUCUAAUAAAAACUCCCAAGCAAGCGUGCUUGUAUUGUGGUCGGAGGAUAGAGGGAGAAAUAGAGGAGAAGAAGUUGGAAAGGAAAAAAGGAAAUAGGGAGGGGCGUGUUCACAUUAGAAGGUGGCUGCUUUCCUUACAGCUGCAUUUGAAGGACAGAGGAGGAAUCCAUCAUCUGAGAUCAUCUCAGAUCAUCUCACACAUCUCCAUCCAUUCAACAGUCCCUUGCAGGGAUAGAGGAGGACGGAGGACCCUGUGGCGAUGAAGAGACCUCAUGAUUACAGUUCCCCAGACUCAGACACGGAUGAACUGAUUGAUGUCGGACAGGAAGACAGCUACUGCCCUGUCACUGGGUCCAUGUCUCCAGGCAGUACCUCACAGAUCCUGGCGCGCAAGAAGAGAAGAGGGAUAAUUGAGAAGAGACGCAGGGACAGGAUCAACCACAGUCUGUCAGAGCUCAGGAGACUCGUACCCAGUGCUUUCGAGAAACAGGGCUCCUCUAAACUGGAGAAGGCUGAGAUUCUUCAGAUGACAGUGGAUCAUCUGAAACUGCUGCAUUCCAUGGGCGGCAAAGGCUACUUUGAUGCUCGUGCUCUGGCAGUGGACUACAGGACUCUGGGAUUUCGGGAGUGUGUUGGAGAGGUGGUAAGAUACCUCAGCUCUCUGGAGGGGGUCGAAUCCUCAGACCCCAUUGGUGCACACCUUGUGUCCCAUCUCAGUCAAUGCGCCAGUGAGCUGGACCCUCUCCUCCAGAGCCCCGCCGCUUUACCUUUUCCUCCUUGGCCCUGGCCCUCCUUUCCACAGCUGACAUCCACUUCAUCUCCAGCUUUGUCUAGCCCGUUUCCCCCUACCACCUGCCGAGAUCUGACCCCCCAUGGCACCGCCGCCUUGCUGGGCUACCCUUCACCGGCCCUGCGAGUGGGAUCUUUGAGCACCCAGGGGGCAUUACUGAGUCCAGCGCUGACCCCGGGGCGUCGACUGCCCUCUGUCCCCAGACAUCCACACAGACUUCAACAGCACUCGCCUGAUGGACCCACAAUCCCUUCAUCCUCCUCAUCCUCCUCCAACUCCUCCCCUCCCCAGAUUUCCUUCAGACCCUUUGCCCCUCUGGGGUCUCCAGCCCCAGGUCGCAGGGGUUUGGGCACCUCCAGUAAGUCUGGACAGGCCUGGGGCACAGAGAUUGGGGCAUUCUGAAUCAGAAGUUUGGAGUUUAUGACAGCCUGAAAGGAAAAAAAAAACAUUUCUUGGUCAUUCAGACUUAUUUAUGACCAUUAUUGCCUUUUAAAGGAACUACAAAGCAUUGAACAAUUCAAAUAAAAUGUGUUUUCAGUUGAAUCUACUGUUCCAACAUUUAUACUCUCAGAUAAAACAGAUACAAAAGCUGUCAAUGGGGUGAUGCCCUUUCAAAAGAUACACCUUGUUACUCCUAAAGGGUGCAUAUUAGUACAUAAAUACAUAUUAGUAUAUACCGAUUGACUACUUAUGUAUUUUUUUCUGAGAGUUUAGAAAUAAUUGAACAAAACUUUUUAGUUGUUUGUGAUUGUUCUGCUUACAAAGAAAAAUAUGAUUGGAAUGAUAUGGACUGUAGAAUUUAAGUGUAAAAUCAAUGAAAUGCAUCUAUCAGAAAGACUGCAAUUUAGUGAUAGGAAAUUGGAUUUUGAGCUCCAUAUACCGGAACUUUCUAGAAUUUAUUUUUAUUAGUGUACUUGUUUACUCAGUCAUUUAUACAUUCACUUGGAUUCUGACAUGAUAUAUCAUACAUCUGAGUUGGAUAUUCUUGAGACGAUUACAUAAAGACAAAUUAAAUGUGCCUUGUUAAAACAGUGUUCCUCUUGUUCACUU